UCGUUUCUCACUUCAGUACAAUUUACAACACGGCACAUGAUAGUAUUUCGACUCGGCGGAAAAUUGGCCAUAUCAUUUCUAAACACUUACAUUUAAAAGUAACUGAUAAAGCGUUAUCUGAUAAUAUUUCAUGGAACAAAGGAAUAAUUUUUUAGCUUAAUCGUUUAAAGUUCAUAGUUGAUCGAUCCAGUUUAACGGAUAUAUAAAUACAUAAAUCGUUCAAAAGAACGGACGGAUAUGGAUAUAUGAAACAAGAACUUGUUUAUAGUAUCUCCAUGUGAAAAAUUCAAUUUGUCGUGACAUAGAACAUAGGACAUAGAAUAUCUAUUUUAUCUUUAAAAAAUGAGUGCAAAAUGUGUAGCUUAUCUUAAAUACUAGUAAAUAAUUAGUCAUUCCGUUGACUAAUACGGUUGUCCAUUUUCGAACAAGUUAAACCACUAUAUAAAAAUGAAUUGUGAAACUCAACCUCAAUUGAUUGAUAGGGAUUUUAAUGAUCUGCUAUACAAUUUAAUUGAUAUAAAACAGGAUGAAGUUACGCAAUCGGCCACAAAACGAAUUCUGGAAUUUAUUUUUAACCUGUUUCUGAUUAAAAAUGUGAACUUGUCUCUAAAUAUAUUUGAAAAGCUAAUCUCAGUCAUGAUGGCUGUCUUUGAUGGAAAUGAAGCUGCUUCCUCUAUGGAACAUCGUCAGUUUGUCGCUAAUGUGUUGGCCAUUCUUCAGCUUCAAAUAAGGAAAUUCCCAAAUACCGAUACCAAUCUUUUGCUGAAUAAGCUGUGGUCACUCUGUCUGAGUGGCGAUCAGGUGCAUCCUCUCGCUGGACAGAUAAUCUUUACGCUUUCUGAUGAUUUCGCUCACCGAGUUGGAAGUUCGCCAGAAAUGCAGAAAGGGAUUCAACAGUUAGUCCAAUCAAAGGAGAAGACGGAUCGUAAAACAGGCUACUCUCUUAUGCGAAAAUUGAAGGAGUAUUUCGAUUCCGAUUACAUUUCUGCAUUGGAACAUUUGGAGGAGCAACAGAUGCCCAAUAACUUAGUCAGUUGGUUGGACAAGCUGAAAUCCACCACCGACAUUUCCCCAUGGACGCGUAUUUUAUACCUCAAGCUCUUCCAUUCCGAGAAUGAAUUAAUUCUUUAUGAAACAGUCAAAUAUAUAGACGACAAUGUGACAAUGUCUCAUUUGACUGAUUGGAAUUUGAUAGAUGAGUUUCUAGCAUUAACCAAUCGAACGAUUUUCGACAUUUUUGAUGUUAAUGAUGAUGAUGAUGGUAAUGAUGAUGAUGAUGGUAAUGAUUAUGAUAAUGGAGUCUUCAAAAACUUCGUAUUAACAAGUGGAGUGGAAUCGAUUGUGAAAGCCCUGGUAAACGUUCCAUGGAAAUGGAAUAAUAUUCCACUAUGGAAUUGGCUCAGAAGUAUACCGAAAGAGAAGAAAGGACAAGCGCCAAGCAUUAGUAAGGAAAUAUUCUUUAAACUCGUUUUUCGAGUCCAAGAAAUUACAGACGUACUAAUGCUGGAAAAAUUUUUAGGAUGCGUUAUGGAUCGAUUUUGCGUUACAAUUGACGAAUUGUCCUUAAGGGAUUACUUGUUCUUUAUUGAGACGAUGUACAAAAACUCGAUAUAUGAAUAUUGCGAUCAUAAUUGGUUGUUGGACAAAAUAAAUAAUUGUGACAAUUUUGGAGCGGAAAUCGUUUUCUUCAACAAAAUUAACUUGGAUGUAAUAUUCUAUUCGAAUCCAUUCUGUAUACGGUUCGCAAAUCCUGUAGUUGCUACUCUAAUUGAAAAACUAAGAACAGUACCAAAAGCUCAACAUGGACUGUUACCUUAUUACAUAAUGGCUUGGAUCAAGGACUCUGAAAAGAUUAGGGAGUUUUGCGCCACCAAAUACGAAGUGAACAUUUCUUUAAUUCUAGGCGGAGAUCUGAAGGCAAUACAAAAUCAUUUGCUCAAUAAGCUCAAGUGUCAAACUGAAGAGGAGAAAUCUAUUUUGCUGGAAAUUUCUGUAGACUUGUUUGUUUUAAAUCAGAUAAAAAAGUGGAAGGACAUAAAAUCUUUUGGCUUCAAACCACAGGAACUACUUCAAAUGGGAGGAAAGCUAACAUUUCAACACUUGGGAUAUCUUUUGGGAGAAGUUGAUGAACAAUUGGAGGACGCGAAUGUGUUAUCGACUUUUGUUUCUUUACUGGAAAAGUUUCCAUUUCCUCAAAUAGCUUGGACAAUUGGAAAAUAUGCAUCCAAACAUUUGACACCUGCAGAACAAAAUAGCAUUUGCUUAAAGAUUAUUACGAAUUAUAUUCGUAGCAAUAGAAAUGUUGUAAUUGGAAUAUUAAAAUCGAAAGUAAAAUUUUCUAUCAAUGAAAUCCUAGAGGAACUUAUCCUUCAUUUAGAAAUAACUAAAAAUGCAUGGAUUUUUGAAUCUCUAACUACUUUUUGUGACAUGGUGUUUUUGGUUAGCGAGAAUCCAAACAAAAUCAUUUGUGAAUUGUUGCAGCUUAACAAUGAACUGUCUAAGAGCCAUCCACGUUAUCUAGCCAACUCCAAGGAGCACAGACUUAAACUUUGCAUUGCCUUUGUUUUGCUUGACUCACAGAAGCAUCUAACUAGACCAUUGUUAUUGGCAAAAUAUUAUCCACCACCACCACCACCACCACCACCACCAAUGGAAUCUGAAUGCUUAGAUUUGUUAUGGACAGCAUUACUUUCACCCCAUGAGCAGUUAAAUAUUACAUGCCUUUAUGAAAUGAUAGUGGCACGAUAUUUAGAUGAUCCACAAAUCCUUAUCGAGCGCUUGCAGUCUAUAGCUACUUUACAGCCAAAUCAACAAAUGUCCUUACUUUCCGUUACACAUUUGUUAUUAAAUAAAAUUUCUGGAAAAUGGAUCGGCCACAUUGAUAAAUUCUUACAAUGCUUGGUGCCUCUUAAGGAAGCAGAAAACUUAGAAGUUCGUCAAUUCACAACACUGAUUAUACAAAAAUUGUUUACACAAUAUCCAAGUUUGCGAAAUGCGCCUUUAGAUGAAUUUAUACAGAAAAUUUUAAAGGAUCAAAUAGCAGAUGACUCGGUUUUACCUCAUGUGAAAGUUCGUCUCCUGUUAUAUAAAUUGUUUGGACAACGCUGGUCAAUACAUAGCCUUUUGAUUGCUUUUAACAUGAAAAAUGAUGCAGUAAUUUAUCCAAAUAAAGAUAUGGAAGAAUUAGUACAUGAAUUACGAAAAGCUUUCAAAUCAACAUCCAUCCAUCCUGGUGGAGUUCCACCAGUGAAUGAAGAUAUGCCAAGUAACAAACCAAUUAACGAUACAUAUCCCAAGUCCAAUCUAACUUGCUGGAAUACAUCGGCUGCAACCGAGCCAGGAGUUGUUCCUUUAGUCCGUGGAACAAGUUCAUCUCAAUCUGAUGGCGAACUAAUUGUAUUAUCCACUCGCAAUCAUAAUGAAGCCAGCUUAAAUGACUUGAUGGAAACGUGCAAUGCGUUUGGCGUUCGAACUUUGGUAUUGAACAAGUUGACAAAUUUAGGAAUCAGAACUGCAGGUGAACUAACAAUAUGGCUAAAAGAACCUGAGUCGUUGCAUGAAUAUUUGCGUGAGAAAAAAAUGAAAAAUUAUAAAAUUUUUGGCAUUGAAAAUAUGGAAAGAUCACAUAAAUUGGCUUCAACUCAGAAGACAAUUUUGGUUCUUGGUGAGGAUCAACAAGGCACAGCGGACAAUUUGAAGGACUUGUUAGAUUCAACAAUUGUAUUACCACCGGCUGAUGUGAAAAAUUUACAAAAUAUGGCAAUAUUUUUGUGUUCUCAGCCAGGUCCUGAAAUGUGUUCUGAUGUUCCUUUAGUCCGUGGAACAAGUUCAUCUCAAUCUAAUGGCGAACUUAUUGUAUUAUCUACUCACAAUCAUAAUGAAGCCAGCUUAAAAAACUUGAUGGAAACGUGCAAUGCGUUUGGCGUUCGGACUUUGGUAUUCAGCGACUCAACUAAUUUAGAAACCAGAAAAACUGGAGGAGACUUAAAAAUACUGCCAAUAGAUCCUGAAUCAUUCGAAGAUUAUUUGCAUUUGAAAAAAAAGAAAAGGUAUAAAAUUGUUGGCAUAGAAAAUAUAGAAAGAUCACAUAAAUUGGCUUCAACUCAGAAGAUAAUUUUGGUUCUUGGUGAGGAUCAUCAAGGCACAGGGGACAAUUUGAAGGACUUGUUAGAUUUUACAAUUGUAUUACCACUAGCUGAUGUGAAAAAUGUACAAAAUAUGACAACAUUUUUGUGUUCUCAGCCAGAUCUUGAAAUGUGUUAACAACUAAAGUUGUUACCCAAUUUGGUUAAUAUGGGUAAUAAUUGACAAUUUGUAAACUAAAAUUAUUUUUGAUUAUCUAUAUAUCUGCCUUAAGAGCCGUAUUGAUGUUGUUAUGUCUGUCUGUUUAAACCUUUAGAUUUCGUAGAAACUAAAAGCUAAAGCCACUAAAUAUAAUUUGUAGUUUCUUUUAGCGUGCACGCAAUUCAAGUUAGUUUUAAGCUUUUGUGAUGCUUCUUCUGACGAAUAAUAGUCAUGAUGUGCGUAUAAACCAUUUAAAAAUAGGGACACACAAAACAAUGGUCCAUAUGUAUGUGUGUUUACCGUGGUGGACAGCCGGCUAUCCCGUUUCGUGUUGAUAAAUUUUUAUUCUAAUUUUCUCGACUUCCAAGUAAUUUCUUCAGAAACCAACUGGUUGGCCUGUUGAAUUUGUAACUUUCGUAAGUAAUUUUUGGUCGUUUUACCACCGCACUGUGGACGGAAAGCCCGAUUUUUUGGCAUAAAGUCCAAUUUUGAAGAUAAAGAGUUGAAACUUGGUACAGGUGAUACUAAUAUCAUACAUAGUAAACCUUUAAAAUUUGAAACGAAUCCGACCACGCCCACUCAGACCGCCCAUAUAAGUAAUCUUGCUAAUGAGCUAUUUUUCAAUUUUAAUUAUGUGCUUCUCUUAGUACACUACAAAAUUUAU